AUGGAUGGAUGGAUGGAUGGAUGGAUGGAUGGAUGGAUGGAUGGAUGGACGCACGAACGGACGGAUGCACCGGGGAGGGAAAGAGGGACAGAUGGAGGGAAGGACAGAUGGAUGGAUGGAUGGAUGGAUGGAUGGAUGGAUGGAUGGAUGGAUGGAUGGAUGGAUGGAUGGAUGGAUGGAUGGAUGGAUGGAUGGACGGAUGCACCGGGGGGGGAAAGAAGGACAGAUGGAUGGAUGGAUGGAUGGAUGGAUGGAUGGAUGGACGUACGAACGGACGGAUGCACGGGGGAGGGAAAGAGGGACAGAUGAAGGGAAGGACAGAUGGAUGGAUGGAUGGAUGGAUGGAUGGAUGGAUGGAUGGAUGGAUGGAUGGAUGGAUGGAUGGACGGACGGACGCACGAACGGACGGAUGCACCGGGGAGGGAAAGAGGGACAGAUGGAGGGAAGGACGGAUGGA